UUGGCAAGUGAACGCGAGCGGCAGCAAACUCGGGACAAGGUUGGAACUUGGGGCGGACGGCCAUGCUCGAACAUGUGAGAUGAUCGCGGGGAGGCCCGAGGCCGCCGACGUCGACAUCAUGCUGGUCCGGAGCUCGCACGCGCGAGGCCGAGCCAGGGUGACGCACGCCGUCGUCGUCAUCUUCCUGGAGUUCUUCGCCUGGGGGCUGCUGACCACGCCCACGCUGACGGUGCUCCACGAAACGUUUCCGCAACAUACGUUCUUGAUGAACGGACUCGUGCAAGGCGUCAAGGGCUUCCUGUCGUUCCUGUCGGCGCCCGUGAUCGGCGCCCUGUCCGACAUCUGGGGCAGGAAGUGCUUCCUCCUGAUGACGGUCUUCUUCACGUGCGCGCCCAUCCCCUUCAUGAGGAUCAGCCCCUGGUGGUACUUUGCCCUGAUCUCGGUGUCGGGAAUGUUCGCCGUGACGUUCUCGGUGGUCUUCGCGUACGUGGCCGACGUCACGGACCAGCGUCAGAGGAGCACGGCGUACGGCUCGGUAAGCGCACGCCGCUUCGUCCCCGCUCGCUCCGCCCGCCUCACGCGCGCGUCCUCAGGUGUCGGCGACGUUCGCCGCCAGCCUGGUGACGAGCCCCGCCAUCGGGGCGUACCUGUCGGCGCGCUACGGGGACAGCCUGGUGGUGCUGGUCGCCACGGUGAUCUCGGUGGCCGACAUCGCCUUCGUCUUCUUCGUGGUGCCCGAGUCUCUGCCCGACAAAAUGCGGCUGACCAGCUGGGGCUUCCCGCUCUCGUGGGAACAGGCGGACCCCUUUGCCUCGCUGCGCCGCGUGGGCACAGACUCCACCGUCAUGCUGAUCUGCGUCACCGUCUUCCUGUCGUACCUGCCCGAGGCCGGCCAGUACUCCAGCUUCUUCCUCUACCUCAGACAGGUGGUCGACUUUUCUCCCGCCGCCAUCGCCGCCUUCAUCGCCAUGGUGGGCAUCCUGUCCAUCAUUGCGCAGACGCUUGUUCUGAGCGUGCUGAUGCGGACGUUGGGCAACAAGAAGACGGUCCUGCUGGGUCUCACCUUCCAGCUCCUGCAGCUGGCCUGGUACGCCUUCGGUUCCGAGCCCUGGAUGAUGUGGGCGGCGGGCACGGUGGCGGCCAUGUCGUCCAUCACCUUCCCGGCGGUCUCGGCGUUGGUUUCCCGCAGCGCCGCCCCGGACCAGCAAGGUGUGGUCCAGGGCAUGAUCACGGGCAUCCGGGGCCUUUGCAACGGCUUGGGCCCCGCCCUGUACGGCUUCAUCUUCUUCCUCUUCAACGUGGAGCUCAGCGACAUUCCGUCUUCACAAGCGCCCGACACGCAACAUGUUCAGAAGUCGAGCGUUCCCGGGCCGCCGUUCCUGUUCGGCGCCUGCGCCGUGGUCUUCGCGCUCGUCGUCGCCGCCUUCAUCGCCGAGCGGCCGCCGGCCGCCGUCGUCGCGACGUGCUCGGACAGGAAGCCCGGCGGCGCGGGCCCGCCGGCCGCCGCCCCGCCGACCACGCCCGCCAGCGACGCCGACGACAUCGAGCCGCUCCUACAGGACAGCAGCAUGUGAUUGGCCGAGGGGCCGCCCGAUCACAACAAAACGUGCCAAUUUUAUUAUUUUUUUUACAUAUCCAAGAGGUCCAAGCGUCAUGGUUACCGUAGCGAGCAGCAUUUCUUGUUUCCUUGGAAACGCCACAUGACCGUUGAGCUUUCAUUUGACGGAACCCGCCGGAGCAAUUCCGUUGACGCGCUUCCGCCUUUUCCGACGUCAACAAAAUGGCUUUGACGACUUACUGACGCGCAGUCCACAAUUUCAGUGUUUAUUUGAGUGAAAACAAAAAAGAAAAUCUUCUUUUUUCCCUCUUUGAA